AUGUUCUUCUCAGUGGGUGUGUCUUACGCCCUGUGUCUCACCUUGUCUUGCCAUAACUCACGCCGACCAGGUGCACCGAGUAACGGUCCGCGGCCUGGGUACUCUCAGGGUCAUGCUGGGGGCGGCCCACCUGGUAAGGGAGGGCGGCCCCCCUCCAACCCCGGCCCGGGUCCUGCUGCUGUCCAGUACAGACACGUCCCCCACGCCCCCCACGCCCCCCACGCACCCCACCCAGCACCGCCACAGCAACAGCCACCACAGCAGGGGCCCCCACAGCAGGGCCCCGGGCCUCACCACCAGCAGCAGACCUCACAGCAGCAGGGACCACAGCAGCAGGGACCACAGCAGCAGCAACAACAGCAGCAGGCGGGCGCUCCACAGUGGGUAGGGCCCAGCCCGCAGCAGAAGGCGCAACAGCAACAGCAGCAGCAGCAGCAGCAGCAACAGCAGCAGCAGCAGCAGCAGCAGCAGCAGCAGCAGCAAUCAAGCGGCUCACAGCAACAGCAGGGGCCUCAGCAGAGUGGGGGCGGCGGGGUGGGUGGUGGUGGGCCACAGUACGGAGGGGUGAGGUACCCUGGGCCACACUCAGGACAGCCUCCCGUGGCCACCCAGCAACCCUCCUACCCUCUACCAUCCUCCUACCACCAGAGUUACGGUGGUGGCGGGCAGGUGCCGCCAGUGUCACCCAUCACGACGCCAACGUCUACUGGCGGGCCACACGGCGGGGGCGCAGGUGGCGGUGGUGGCGGUAGUGGUGGUGGUGGUGGCGGCGGGGCUGGCGGCUACUCUGCAACCUCACCCUCCUCACACUCGAGCUACGGGGAACAACUCUCCCGCACCAACCUGUACAUCCGUGGCCUGAGUCCUGAGACCACGGAUAAAGACCUCGUCGACAUGUGCAAGAAAUAUGGCAACAUCAUAUCAACAAAAGCUAUACUCGAUAAAAACACAAACAAGUGCAAAGGUUAUGGUUUUGUAGACUUUGAGUCACCAGCAGCUGCAGAUAAGGCUGUGAAGGGCUUACAGGCAUCCAGCAUCCAGGCUCAGAUGGCUAAGCAGCAGGAACAGGACCCCACCAACCUGUACAUUGCCAACCUCCCGCCACAAAUGAACGAAGCAGAACUAGAACAGCUACUUGCUCAGCACGGACAGGUCAUCUCCACUCGCAUACUCAGAGACAACAAUGUACAGUCCCGAGGUGUUGGGUUUGCUAGGAUGGAGUCUCGUGAAAAAUGUGAGCUGAUUAUCCAAAUGUUUAAUAAAAAGGUGCUGCGAGGUGCUAAAGAAGCACUUCUUGUCAAGUUUGCUGACUCAGGCAAUAAGAAACGUAACCAGUAUAAGGCCAAGGAACAGAGUAAUUGGGAACGAUCAGCAGAACCAAUUCCAGUGUAUGACCAGUCAUCUAUGCUUCCUCAAAACGGAACGCUCAUGCCCUCGGUGGGCCCCGGCACGUUCCGACAAUACCCGUCCCAGGUGCCACCGUAUCAUCACCUUCAGCCGUUCUAUAUAAUGCAGCCACAAACACUGCAACACAUGGACAUGCCUCAGAUGAUGCAGACACCUAUGGAUACAAGUCAGCUGUCGUAUUCACCUGUCAUGCCUACGUUGGCAACACAUAUGCAGCAACUCCACCUUGCGCCCAACACUGUGAGUGCACAGAAUGACCAGAUGAACAACUUACUGCAUCAAGGAUACUUGACAAGUGGAGGAUACCCCCCCUCACCCUACACCCCAAUGAUGCAGCACUUGGCCAUGAUGGAAGAUUCCACUGCGCACUCCCCAGAUGAAUAUCAACCAUACCCUACCACUCCCGGUCCAGUCCAGUGUCAGCCGCAGCCCAAGUAACACUGCCUGGAGUUAGGAAUUCUUGUUUUUGACUGUAUUGUCCUUCAGAAGAAUGGGAGAAGCUUGAGAAAAAUCACAUUGUCCAAGCUCCAUGGACAACACUCUCAUCUUAUUACUGUAGUAAAAACACACACUGCUAGUAGUUCUGAAUGCCAACAGGGCAACCAUGGGAGGACGUGGUUGACUAUUGUGAACCUGGCAAAUUGUGUGAUCCGUCAUUCAUGGCAAAUUGUGUGAUCCGUCAUCUAUCUCUCAUUCCUAUGGUAUUCCAUAGUUGGAAAAAUUGAUGUGGGAAUGUGGCCCAGACCCUAAAGACUCACCAAGAGAGCUACAGAUGAAUUCCAUAAUGAGUGCCGGCAAUACUUGAGUCAGUGAGCCUCCAGCAUUAAUACUUUUGAUACUGUUGCCAGGAGAGUAAAGCAUCACGGCCCACGUUCCUCAAGCCGCCCCAUGAACAGUGAAACAUCCUCCUCGUUCAACCAAUCAUGAAUCGGAAUGUAUGCAUUUUCAGCACCCAAUCAGGUAACCCCUCGUCGUGCCAAGGUGGCAUGAUUGGGAGUUUGGGCCGUGAUGUAAGACCUGUGAUUCAAUUAGAAAGAAGUUAGAAUGAUUAGUAUAGACAGUUAUUUCAUGUAAAGCAAGUGCAACUUCUCGGGAUUCUUAAUAAGAAAUGAAAUGAAUUCCAUGUUUUGUUACUUGAUGAAACUACUUAGUGAGAACCCCAGAAAUGAUGAAGAAAAAAAAAUUCCAAUAUAAGAUAAAUAACAAAUGGUAGAAAAUCCUUUGAAUCUUGUGAUCUACUUCUACAUCACCAUAAUUAUUAACACUCCAAAUUGUUCUUCUAUUCAGGAAGUGUCUAAAUGUGAUUAUUAUUAUUAUUAUUAUAAUAAUUAUUAUUUAUUUAUUUUUAUUCAUUUGUUGUCUACAAGAGUGCUCGUAGAAACGGGUUCUGCAAGUUAAAAGAUGAGGACAGGCUUGUUUCUUCACUGACUAGUGGAUGAAGAGGACAAGCUUUCCUAAUCUGUCUAUGGGAUGAAAGCCGACUUUCUUCGUUGUCUUAUGGGUGAAGACAGGCUUCUUCACUUUCUAGGGACUGAAGACACUUUCUUCAUUGCAUAGGGGAUGAAGAUUUUUUUCUUUGCCCAGUGGGUGAAGACAGGCUUUCUUCUUCACUGUCCAGUGGGUGAAGAUAGGCUUUCUUCUCCACUGUCUAGUGGGUGAAGACAGGCUUUCUUCUUCACUGUCCAUUGGAUGAAGACAGGCUUUCUUCUUCACUGUCCAGUGGGUGAAGACAGGCUUUCUUCUCCACUGUCUAGUGGGUGAAGACAGGCUUUCUUCUUCACUGUCCAUUGGAUGAAGACAGGCUUUCUUCUUCACUGUCCAGUGGGUGAAGACAGGCUUUCUUCUUCACUGUCCAGUGGGUGAAGACAGGCUUUCUUCUUCACUGUCCAGUGGGUGAAGACAGGCUUUCUUCUUCACUGUCCAGUGGGUGAAAACAGGCUUUCUUCUGCACACUCUCAUGGGUGAAGACAGGCUCUUUUCUUCAUUAUCUAAUGGGUGAAGACAGGCUUUCUUCUGCACAGUCUAAUGGGUGAAGACAGGUUCUCUUCAUUGUCUAGUGGGUGAAAACAGGGUUCUUCUCAUCAGUUAGUUUUCUUCACUAGUGAAUGAAGACGGGCUUUUCCUUCUCCAUAAUGGAUGAAACAUAGUUUCUUCACUUUUUAGGGGAUGAAAAGGGCUUUUCAUUGCUAUCUACUGGAUGAGGACAGGUUGCUUCACUGUCUAGUAGAUGAAGACAGGCUUUUUCUUCACUGUAGUGAAUGAAGACAGGCUUUUUUCCUUCACUGUCUAGGGGAUGAAGACAGGCUUUCUUCAUUUGUUAAAUUUCAACCCUCCUGUUGUAGGUAUUGUGUUAAAGUCUUCUCCAGAGUUCAUCUACAUCUCCCUCUUGAUUUAACUUAACGUAUAAGUCUUUUAUUACUCCCCCCUCCCCCCUAAAAAAAACCUAUUUUCACACAAUUGACUAAGUGUGGCCGCGCAUCUCGCAGUUUCUGGCUGUGUUCGACGUUACUAAACUGUUAGAUGUGGGAUUUAAUAAAAGUUUUGCACACCGGGAAAUUGGGGGGAGCUCUCUUAAGGAGCCCAACCUCACGUUUAGGACAGAGAACAGUAACAGGCAACAGACAGGGAGUUAGUCAUCGAACGCAGCCCUUCUGCUCUUUGUGCGUGGCUACUGUCAACCACAAGUUCACCCAGUAUAGUUAAAUAGACUGGAAAGUUGACUUCCAUACACUCAUAUUCAUUACAAGUAUUUUGCCAAGUAUACAUAAGAUAUAUAAAUUAUUACUGCAAUUAGUAAAUGACGAAGAAUAAAUCCCUCGUUCCACAAUUUUUUACACUUAAAGCACAUGUAAAUAUAAUUUCCCAAUACAUAUGUGAGAAACAAAUAACUUAUUUUCUGAUAUAUUACUAAAAUAGAUGAAAGCAUUAUACCCUAACACUGUGUAGUGAUGUUUUCUUCAACUUGCCAACUGAAAAAGGCUUAAAGAGCUUUAGAAAAAAAUCAGGCUCCUUGCUAGUUAUGCUUUAACAAGAUUGGCUACUUGACACCUUAAAUUCCACUGUGCUGAAGUUUCUCUUUUUCUGUGAAAGGAGUAAGAGGAAUGUUGGUAAUGUGGCAUUUAAUGUCAGUUAGCUUUAUUGAGUCAAAUUUUAUUCUUUUAGCCCAAGAGUCAUAAUCACAAGUUGUACUCAGCUUACCAAAACAUCAACAGCAGCAACAUAUGCAGUGUGUGUGUGGGUGUGUGUGUGUGUGCAUGUACAUUUAUGUAUACCAGAUAUAUAUAUACACACACACACACACACACACACACAUACACACACACAUACACACAGACUGUUUAUGUUUGUUUAGAAUUGCAUCUUCAUACUGGUAGCAGUCAAUGAAGUUUGAUAUCUGAGAGCAUGUAGAGUUAUGAGGGAAUGUGUUGAAAACGUUCAUUUUCCCGUGUUUCCACUUAUCUAUGAAACUCUAAUGUGACCCAGACCAGACAAGUAAACGUUUGUCAAAUACAUUGUGAGUAAAGCUGAAGUGGCACGGCUCGUGAGUAUGGUUCUUGAGCAGGUCUGUUGAUGCAGUCACAGUGCUGUUCCUCGUGUUACUUACAUUCCACUGCAUAUUUCCUACUUUGAUUAAUCCACUUUACAGUUUAUUUAUAACUUUCCUCAACUGUCAUUUAGUGCAGAAUCUUGCAAAUAUAGUUUUGGUUCCCAGUAUCCAAAGGAAAUAUUCAAUAGAAUGCAAUGAGAGUUUAUUUUUAAAGUGUUUUGAAAGAAAAACAUAUUCCCAUUUUUAGAUAUGUGCCUUUCUUCAGAGACAUAAAUUCAUACAGGGACUCCAGUAGUUGAAAUCCAUGCCAAAAUCUUCUAGUGGAUUCCAAAGGAAUUUCAUUAUGGGUAAGACAGAUUAUGGGUGGGUUUCCCGUGUCCAGUGGAUUGGUGUGAAGUGUUUAACAUCGGCUUGCCCUGCCCCCAUUGAUGGUGUUGGGUGGCACACUGCCUCUACCAAAGAUGGAGUAGGUCGGUACGAUGAUGCGUCACCCCUCUGGCCGGCAGCCCCGUGGUUUUAUUGUGUGGAAGUAGAUGUCAAGCUGAGAAACCCCUAUUGAUUUGAAUUUGAGCGGAAGAAUGUUGUUGAGUGCCUGUUAAACUGAUUUAUUUUAAGUUAGGAAAGAUAUGUAUGGAUAGAGAUUUAUUUUUAUUUUAAGUAGGGAGAAGAUGAAUAUCAAACAAAAUGCAAUUGUGAUACUUAUAGAACAUUUGACUGUAAAUAGUAAACUAACCCAUCCAGGGCCUAGGCACAGCUUCCCAGGUGUAUCUUGCAGUAGGUACGGGACAUCAGAGGAUAAUGGUGAAUGGCCAAUUGGUGCACAUUGAAGCUGUUCAUUUAUCAAGUACAUCUCUGGACAUCCAGAGAAGCUAGUGGUUCAAGGUGGAUGUUGUUAAUGAUAAAUUUGCCAGAUGAAUUUAUAUCUGAUUAUAAUUAUUGGAAAUUUGCACCAUAAAGAUAUUGAUGUUGAAAUCAGUUUUCAAAUAAAUAAUUUUUUGAUACAAUCAAAGGCCUUAAUCUGUGAUGGGUUCACGGAAUGAUUUUUUCUUCAGUUUUACUGACCUGUAUUUCUUAUAGUGUAAACUGCAUAAUGAUAAUAAGUUGAGAAUGUUUUAGUUGCAUAAUGAUACUUUGUGCAGCAAUUGUAUUGAUAAACAGUAGAAACGAUAAUUAUUUACGGUGCACCUGUACAGUCAGCAAUUUUAUCCAUGAGUUAGAUUGAAAUUAUUUUUACUGAAUCUACCAAAUGUACAGACAACUGUUAACUUGUUAGGGGUGUUGUAGUACUCAGUGAGAGUAGGUAAUAUAGCUGAAUAUUGACAUCAUUAUUUUUUUUAAUAAGAAAAAUAAAGAUUUUUUGUCCUUUUACAUGAAAGGAAUCAAUAUAAUAUGGUCUUCAACUUAUUAGUUGAGAUGCCAUAUCAUAUGCUUUCAUAAGAAAAAAUGAAAAAUUAGAACCAGUGUAUGGUUGUUCACUGCAUCUCUGAUGAAAUUAAAAAUGUAUUUGAUAUACAAAAAAAAAAAAAAAAAUUUAAAUCACAUCUAAAAUUUGUGAAAAUUUUCCUUAAGAUGAUGCAGUGGAAAUGUUUACUUGAAACACUUGCUUGUUUGUGAUGUUGAGUAAAUUAUGGAUUAAGAUACUGACACUGAAAAUUGAGAAUUGUAAUUGUUGCAAUUUUAAAUCCAGAAUUGAGGGCUUUAUAUCAAAGUACACGUGACAAAAACCUUGUUAUUUUAAUCAGAAUAAUCCUGGUUUUCUUUGUAGUAAAUUGUAUCAUGAAGACUGCCAAAACCACUCCUGGUCUUAAUUUAUAGUAAAUAAUAAAUGUUACAGUAAUGAAGACAAAUUGGAUGAAGGAAUUUAUGAGUAAAAGAUUUAAGGUGUAGAAAAUUUGAGGAUGAAGCAGUCACAUAGAUACUCCAUUAAAGGUGUGAUCAACACACUGAUGGCUGUGCCUGGCAGCUGGGAUGGUGGAGUGUUGAGAUGUUCCUAAUGUCUGUGCUUACACCGCAGCCGCGCUCACAGCGGGCAGUGUCGGCAACCCAUGCAGCCGACACGCGUGCCUACUGGCUGCUUAGUUCUUUUUCUGGGAGAAGGCGACAGUGACGAGAAAGAAGUGAGUUCUGUGGAAGCUUUAAGUGGUGGGAAAAGAGGGACAUUGGAAGGAUCUAUUCUAAUGAUUAGUGUUUAGUCUGAUGAGUUUCAUGAGGAUUCUUGCUAGUGUUAUAAAGUAAUGGGGUGAGUGAAUAGUGUACUGUACAGCUAGAUGAUGUUAUUAAUAACCUAUUGAGACUGUUGAAAAAAUAUAGGUUUAUUUUGAUAACAAGGCUUAUUUUAAUAAGGACUACAUAUACCUGACACAACAGUGUGUACAUAAACAAUGUGUAGUGAAACAAAUAUGUACAUUUAAAAUGACUACUAGAUUUUUUUGUGUCACUCAGUAAUGCAAAUAGAAGGGCACAGUUGUAAAGAGCAACAUAGUGCCCAUGUGAGUUGAGAAUAGAAGUCAACAUGCAUCAGGACUCUUGAAGUGAAGUGUGUUAAGGCAAGGAGACAAGAGGCCAGGCCUGGAAGCUUAGCCCUGGCCGGCCGCUCCCACGUGUGUUGUGGUCGCCGGCAUGGCAGCACUGCUGAAGGCAGAUGGUGAAUGGUGUGGAUGCAGUAUCUUGGUGGCUGUGCCAGCAGCACCACCCCAAGGCCAGUUUGUGGUGCAGUGGCAGAGCUCACGUUACUACCACAUCCACCUGAGUCUCAAAACGUGAGGGAGUUGACUCACUUGCUUAGUUUAGGCCCUGAAGUUGGUGUAGCAGCCACAGGAGUACCAGCAGUAACCACCAUUGUCGUUGUCUUCUGUGACUGCUGUGGCCGCAACACUUCAUCUAGAGUUAAGGAACUUCCAAAGUUAAGAAAAUACAAAAAGAUGUGUUAUUCAAAUCUGUGGCGUUGUGUUUUGUGAAAGUUUCUCUUCCUUUCUUUUCUUUCAGUACACUUUCUUCACUGUGAAUUUGUGCAAACGAAUCUAGAUUUAAGAAACUGUAGGGAAAAGAUGUAGUUAUAAGGCAAGCCUUAGUUGUAAGUGUAAACAAUAGACCUAUUACUGAGCAGCUGUGUCAAGUGGAGGUUCAUCGAGCAGUAUGUUGAGGCCCUCUCCCCUUUCGUACCCCACACUACGUGAAGGUGAUGACAACACUCGCUACCAGGAGGUGGUCUUGUGCUGGUGGUGAUGGAGUAGAAGUCAUGGUGGAGUUGGUGGUAGUGACUAACUCAGCUUCUGUCUGGUGACCUUACAAACUUGAGAUAGCUGCUCAGGUUCAUCUCCCAGGGCUAUUGAAUAAGGUUAAUCUUUCGAAAUGUGAUUUUUUGCAAAUUAUGUAAGAGAUGAAAACAGUUGUAGCAAUGAAUGUGCCCAUUCCAAACGUCUUCCCUGUGCUCCGGAGGGGACGAGUAGGGAGACUUCAGCAAACAUGCGUCCCUGUUGUGGUGUAGCAUCCUGGAGUCCCCCAUGCCUCCCUUGAUGCCCCUGCAGCCUUCCCCCUCCCCCCGUCCUCCUGCACCACACCCGCCACCGCGUCACCCAGGCUCUAGAACAACAUCCUCUUAAUGGUUCAAAACUCAGACAUAACACCAAGUUUUAUUUUGUUAUUGUGGCUCAAGUUCAUCAAGCGACAGAACAAGUAUGUGAUAUAAAUGUAACCAUAUUGGAUAUUUAAGUAGUCUAGUUGUUACGAUUGGCUCUUGAUAUGUAACCAAAUCAGGGUCAAGGUGGCGGUUUAGGAUUUUGAAUGGGUGCAUGCAUGUAUGUGUGUGUGCGCGCGUGCAUGCAAGUGUGGGGAAGGGGAGUGAUGAUGUGGGGGUUUGAUGGGUAGAUAUCUUAUUUCUAUUAAUCUGACUUGCUUUUAACCAAAGUGUUGUUGAUAUCACCAAAGUCAUAUUUUAUUGCAGUUUUAAAGUUGAUAUAAAUACAAGAGAGCUGAUACGUGAUUACUUGCUAUAAAUCAGGUUAAUCGGGUAGAGCGGCCCACAGGUGAACCUUCCAUGCCCACGUCUACAGCCAGCGCCAAACACCAUCAGUACAAACCCUCCACUGGGUCAGUAGAAUGCUCAUUCACAAGCAUUACAUGGUGAAUAUUUAUUUUAUCAAGUUUAAUCCAUAGGCCAAUUUCCUCUCUUCUAUUGAACUUAGUGUGACUGUCCACAAGGUCCAUCAGAGUACCACUCAUGCUCGAGUCUUGGUGACGUAUGGUAGUGCAAACAGGGAAUGUCGGCAGCUGGUUUUAUUCUUGUUUUUUAGGUUUCUAAGAUCAUUAAGUACUAGCGUGGAGUUUUGGAUAUGACCAUAUAGUAGAUUUUAGAAAAUAUUGGGAUAUCAGACAUGUACAGAUCAUGUGAAGGCUGGUGACAAUGGUUUGGUAAUUUGAUACUGUCCAGAUGUGACUGUGUGUGUGAUGCUGCACCUGAAUGCAUUGGCUGUUACUAAAAGUUCCAUAGCAGAUAAUUCAUCCAUUCCUAAUCACUUGAUCAUCAAGUGAUUGACAUUACUUUAUUAUAGAUAUUGGAAUGACUAUGUAACAGAAUAUGCAGGAUUGAGCCUGGGAAAGAAGUCAAACCAAGAGCUAUUUUUGUAUCCAUAACCCCCCCACCCCCAGAGAAGGUUUUCUCAAGCAAUAUUUGCCAAGUGAAAAUUUCUCUAUAUGUGAGUCAAGGGAAGAAAGGUUUGAAUGUGAGGAUCAGUGGCCAGGAAAUGUUAUAUACAUGUAUCAAGGUAAUGGAUGGAACAGCAGGUCUUGAGGUGCUCUAGCAAUGGAGUCGUUUACUCGUCGUAGAUAGUACGGAUCUCUCUACCCCAGGCUAGUCCUCCUUCCUUGUGAGUGGAAGAUAGUCGUCUGCAUGAUUAAAGCAUAGGAUGGGUGGAAGGCUGAGCUAAGACGGUGGGCCAAGGGUGGCAAGUGGUGGCAGGGGGCGACGGGCGGGUGUGCACGGCGCUACCACCGUUCAGGGCCCCGUAGAUAAUAGACGGGCAGGGGACAAGUUAAUACACAGCAUGACAUUGCUGCACUACUGAGUGGGACUCGUAGGAUCCAAUAUGUCUCACACCGGGACACACAUGUCUAACUCAGGUGACUAGUGUAAGAUUCAUCGCCUUAUGCCCGGCUGUGUGGUGGCGCUCUACCUGCACCCCCCUGCCCCCCACUCGACUGUAUCCCCUCCCUGACCAUUACCCUUCCUGACUGUACCUUCUCACUCACUCAGCUCUGGCCAUGACUUUCCCCUAUACUUGCGUCAAACAAAAUGUUCUUCCUUUUAUCAUUUGAUCACUUAACUCUAUCUUGCUUAUUAACUUGACUCACUCAUAUUUUAACAUAACUUAACAACUAAUUGCAUUACCGCUUACAUUGAACUCAUGUUUCACAGUGAUUUUUUCUAUUAUCACUUCACAUACUUACUGUACUACUUCUAUUUUGUGCCGACUAUUCUACACUGACUAAAAUCGAUUUUGUUCUCAAUUAAUUUUUCACUCCUUACUUAACUGUUUCCCACACUUUAAUAUGUGUACCCUUUCCUUUCUUCAGUUGCUGACUUAGUGCACACGAGAAUGACUUUCUAUCCUGAGGAAUGAUUGUCUCACAGCUGUAAGCCCUCCAUAAUUUUAUCCAUUUUAAUUAACCCACCUAACUUGCUAAUGCAUCUCCUUUCACACCUUAGUGUUUGCUUCAUCAUCAUUUGUAUUGCCAGCAGUAACUUCUUGAUGAUGUUAACAUGAUCCUGACUGGCUGCAGCCACAUCAUAAACAAGUUCUGCACUGCACUGCACUGCACUCCACUCUCAACACAACUGAAAACUACUCGUACGUUGACCUAUCAGCUGUAGAUGGUACUGACUCCAUUCCUGCCUUUAUGACUAAUGGUGCUUAUACAACCUUAAACAUUACUGUAUAUUCACAUAUAAAUGCAAACAUCUUGUCAAUUUGAUACACUUGUUACCUUCAGCAUGUAAUAUAAUAGUUUUCCAUCAUAUGAAAGUGUACUGUAUAUUAAUUACAGAGAAAUACUGGCCAAACUCCCUAAUAAACAGUACUUUUUAGCAUUCCACCUAUCACAUGGGUCUUGGCUGAGACAUUUUGAUGUACAGCUGAAUGGCUUGCUAUUUUCUUACUGCCAGUAAGUUUUCAAAAAUAAUAUUUACCUUUACCAUCAAGUGAACGACAGUAAAGACAUGCAUCACACACAUUCAUAGUACUUGAUAUUUACUUGUCUCUUUCCUUCCGUUACAAGUAAAAUGAAAAAGCUUCCCUCUUUACCCAAGAUAUACUUGAAACUCCUUACACCCUUUUAUGUAAUUCUUCCUCACUCUUACAUCAUCUGCCAGAGAAGAACAGUCUUCCUUUCCUCAUACCACUACCUCUUAUGUUUCCCAUCACUUGUCAUACCAGCCCCCUCUUUCUCUCACAAUUCAUUUCUCAUGAUUUCUGUCUCACCAUUUUUCUCAGCUUACACAGAUCUCAUAUCCCCCUGUGUCACCCUGCCCCCCACACAGACCCCCAGACUUGCCGGCCAGAUGUCAUAGUCGCCCUUGGGUACCUGUUGGCUAGGCCUCCCCGCCAGCCCGGCAGCAAGUGAAUAGAUGCCACUUGUAAUGAUCCCAGCCAGCAACAAUGUGCUCACCAGUCAGGGGUUAGCAAAUUUAUGUCUAAUUUACAUGUAAUGUUCAAAGUGAUGCCAACUUUUGAGCUUUAAAACUAUCAGUGGCUUAAUAGUGUAUGACCCCUGUUAUUAUUUUUUAAUAGCAUUAUGGGCAUGGAUGACCAUAUGAUGAAUGUUGUUAGUCAUAAUGUCUAGAAAACUGUUUGGCAAAAUCCAUGAAUUUUAAUAUGGUUUAUAUUGCUCAAAAGUGAAACAUUUUGACAGUUAUCCUUAACAGACAUGAUCUUUCAUAAGGAUAGGAAGUGUCUUCAUUUUCUUGCAAUGUAAGCAACAAAAUACCAAUGACAUUAUGAAAGCAUAACAUCUUCAAAGUGCAUUCCUUGUGUAGGUGCAUCAACUCAGUCCUUUAGUCUGCACUUUUUUGUUGAGUGAAUUACAGGAAAAUUUUCUCAGGACUUAAUGUUGGGAGUUAGAAUAUCAGUUAAGUAUUAUAUGUCUUGAUUGGAUACCUUGUACUUGUCUUUCUGAUGGUAUUUCAACUGUAGGAGGUCGUAAGAGAUUCAUACAUUCAGAGGUUUUUAUUGUUUAAGGUAAACAUAUAGAACUUUAUUCUAAUGUUCCCUUCUUGUUUGGGAAACAUUAGGUGUACAAGCCUGUAAUUCACCUGUGAGAAAGUGCAGCCAUGCCCCAUGUACCAGUAUACAUAGUGCCCAGUGUACCAGUAUACACAGUCUCAUCUGUUCACUUGGCUGCCUGCACAACACCAAAGCCUCAUCAGAGAAUAGAAAAGUAUUUAUCAACCCAUGCUGACCCUGUACAUAGGAUUGACAUGACCCUUUUAUUUUCUGUCCUUUAAUUUAUAUACAAUUUAAUUUUCCCGACUAAUGAAUGACUGGAGUAGUCGUUAAGGGGCGAAGUUUGUGAAUGGCUAAUGAAAUCGCCGGUCACUUAUGCAAGAACAUGUGAAACAGGACACACUUCUUAUAUUCUGUCACGGAUGAGUGGAAUGGCAUGGAAUAUUAUAAAUAGUGAUUCUUCUAUGUGAAGUUAAUAUUGUUGACAGAUGAAAGGACUAAAUAAAGAUUUUAUGUUU